CAGUGAUUUGCCAUCAUCGAAUCGCCCUCAUUGUUUUCCAUCAUCGAGUCCUCUGCACGUUGAGGAUCUCAAACUGAAUUUGCAAAAUCAAGUUAGACAAGGAAGCUGCUGUUCAAAAUUUCAACCAGAUCGAGAGUUAGCAUAACUAAUCACCAAGCAACAUAUUCUAUAGAAUCCUUCAAGCAUCACUUUAAUGGCAUCUUCUUCGACUUCAUCCACUCAGACGAGCUUUAAGUAUGAUGUUUUUUUGAGUUUUCGAGGUGAAGACACUCGUAAGACAUUCGUUGAUCAUCUCUAUCAUGCUCUUCAGCACAAAAGCAUCCACACUUACAAAGAUGACGAGAGAAUCAAGAAAGGGGAGAGGAUCGGUGAUGAGCUCAUCAAAUCCAUUGAAGACUCAAAAUUCUAUAUAAUUGUGUUUUCAAGGAACUAUGCAUCUUCAUCUUGGUGCUUGGAUGAACUUGUGAAGAUUAUGGAGUGCCAGACGAUGACUGAGCAUACUGCUUAUCCCGUCUUCUAUGAUGUGGAACCCACUGAGGUCCGCAAACAAAGUGGGGAAUUUGGAAAAGCUUUUGCUAAACAAGAAAAUGAAGAGGCUGCUGAAAAAUGGAGAGAGGCUCUAAAAGAAGCAGCCAAUCUUUCUGGGUUUGGGUUGAAGAACACUGUAGAUGGGCAUGAAGCUAAAUUCAUCCAAAAAAUUGUUGAAGAGAUCUCACUGGAGUUGCGAUCCAUCAAUUUCAGCGUCGAUGAAAAAUUAAUUGGCAUGGAGGCUCGAAUAAGGGAUGUUGUUUCAUCUUUAGAAAAAAAUAUUGAUGACGUUCGAAUGAUAGGAAUCAAGGGGAUGGGUGGUGGUGGGAAGACAACUUUGGCGAGAGCUGUUUUUGAUCGAAUAUCCUUUCAGUUCGAAGGUAGCAGUUUUGUGGAGAAUGUUAGGGAAAAUUCAAAUCCCAAUUUAUCCAGUUUGAAGAAGUUACAAAAACAAGUCCUUAAAGAUGUGUUAAAUGCCCAGGACAUCAAAAUAAGUAAUGUUCAUGAUGGGAAAAGAAUGAUAAAAAAGGUGAUGUGUUGUAGAAAGGUUCUUGUYGUUCUCGAUGAUGUGGAUCAUAUAGACCAACUAAAGGCGUUAGCGGGUGAGCUUAAUUGGUUUAGUAAAGGAAGUAGAAUUAUCAUCACAACAAGAGAUGAGCAAGUGUUGAUAGCACAUCGAGUGAGCUUGAUACGUGAUGUCGAUCUUUUAUCUGAAGAGGAAGCCAUUUGCCUUCUCAGUCGGUAUGCGUUCGGGAGAGAGAGUCCAAUUGAAGAGUACAAAGAGCUAUCGGGACAAGUGGCAAGUUAUGCUGCUGGACUUCCCUUAACGAUCACAGUUUUGGGUUCGUUUCUGUGUGGUAAAAAUGAGCUUGAAUGGGAAGAUGCUAUARAAAGACUAAAARCAAUUCCAUUGAAGGAAACUUUAGAAAAGUUGGAGUUAAGCUAUAUUGGUCUAGAGGAGGAUUACAAAGAAAUAUUCCUAGAUGUUGCAUAUGAGGAAUUAGGCAUGCAUGAUCAUAUAGAAGAAAUGGGCAAGAAUAUUGUUCGCCGCUUGCACCCGAGGGAGCCUUACAGACAUAGUCGAUUGUGGAUUGCAGAGGAAAUUGAAAACAUAUUGGUUAAUAAUGAGGGUACUAAAGCAACAACAGGUAUACUGCUAUGGAGUACUGACUCAGAAUUCGAUCCAAAAAUUUUGAAAGGCCUUGGAAACAUGAAGAAUCUUAGAUAUCUUCUGCUGGAUCUUGAUUUCGAUUUGGAAUUUGAUGAAGUUAGCCAAUACCUUCCAAAUGCUUUACGAUGUCUUUGCUGGUACAGGUACCCUUUUGGGUCCUUACCCAGAACAUUUGAAGCAAAUAAUCUUGUUGGACUUUAUAUGCCGGAAAGCAGAAUUGUACAAGUUUGGGAAGGGGGAGAAAGAAAGGUUCUUAAGAAGCUCAGAUUCCUUACUUUUAUAGAUUCAAACUUGAAGAGCCUUGAUCUUGGUCUUUUUCCGAAUCUUGAGAAAUUAAAUAUAGAACGUUGUUAUAAUUUUGAAGAGCUUCACAUUCCCGUUGAAUGUUUAAGGCUCAAAUCCCUUGUCCUCAAAUCUUCUAAGUUGAGAACCCUUGACCUUCGAGGGAUUCCGUAUCUCGAGACAUUAAGUCUUCAUGGAUGUCAUGAUUUGGUAGAACUUCACAUUCCUGUUGAAUGUCUAAGGUUCAAAUCCCUUGUCCUCGAUUCCUCUAAGUUGAGGACCCUUGACCUUCGAGGGGCUCCAAAUCUCAAGACAUUAAAACUUGGAGUAUGUUAUGACUUGAUAGAACUUCACGUUCACAUUAAAUGUCUAAAGCUCGAUUCCAUCAAUAUCAUGAGUGCACAGUUAAGGACCUUUGACCUUGGGUGGACUCCGAAUCUCAAAUCCCUUGUCCUCGAUUCUUCUAAGUUGAGGGCCCUUGACCUUCGAGGGACUCCGUAUCUCGAGACAUUAAGUCUUCAUGGAUGUGAUGAUUUGGAAGAACCUCACAUUCCCGUUGAAUGGCUAAGGCUCGAAUCCCUUGUCCUCGAUUCUUCUAAGUUGAGGGCCCUUGACCUUCGAGGGACUCCGUAUCUCGAGACAUUAAGUCUUAUUGGAUGUGAUGAUUUUGUAGAACUUCACAUUCCCGUUGAAUGCCUAAGGCUCAAAUCCCUUGUCCUCAGGUCUUCUAAGUUGAGGACCCUUGACCUUCGAGGGACUCCGUAUCUUGAGACAUUAAGUCUUGAGGGAUGUCAUGAUUUGGCAGAACUUCACAUUCCCGUUGAAUGUCUAAGGCUCAAAUCCCUUGUCCUUGAUUCUUCUAGGUUGAGGACCCUUGACCUUCGAGGGGCACCAAAUCUCGAGACAUUAAGACUUAGAGGAUGUUAUGACUUGGUAGAACUUCACGUUCACAUUGAAUGUCUAAAGCUCGAAUCCAUCGAUAUCAUGGGUGCACAGUUAAGGACCUUUGACCUUGGGUGGACUCCGAAUUUGAAGAUGUUAAUUCUUACAGAUUGUUAUCAUCUGGUAGAAGUUCAUGCAAAUGAUGGGUGUCCAAAAAAGCUUAAAUACAUAGACUUAAGUGGCAGAGUCCCUAGAAAUGUGCCCGUUGCACUUGGGCAAUAA